GAAAUACGUCAUAAUGAUAAUAUAAAAUCUUUUUAUGUAUAGAUACGAAUCUUUUCACCUUCCUUCUCCGUGUUUUUGACCUUUUCUCUAUGAAACGAACCUCAACAAUGUCGUCAGCGAAACUUUUCGGUUGUUCUAUUAACGUUGAAGCAGAGGAAGAAGGCGGCGGCGGCGGCGGUGGUGGUAGCUCAGUAUCCGUGGAGGUUUCUCGAUCUGCUAUCCAACCGGAUUGCGAAGCUAUGAGUUUGUCCAAUCAGAGAGAAUUCGGUGAUUGCAAUACGUAUUUCAAAUUUUUAGACUCGAAUUCAGAUUCUGAAUCGGCUUCUAUGGAUGCAGAACCCGAAUUCAUCGAUUUCUUCGAUCGAGAGUCGUACGAGGUCGACACGGUUCGUGAGUUUUGUUUAAGUUCGAAUCAGAGGGCAUGUACUUCAGGUUUUUUCAAUAUUUGGGAGGAGGAUGUUGUAGAAUUAGGGCUUGGAAUCGGGUUAGCUUCAGGGUCAGGGUCGGGUCAGUUACGUGAUGAUUCAGGUGGGGUUUGGAAUUCGGGUCGGGUCGAAUCUGGUACGGGUUUUACUCCUGUUGAGUAUAAUCUCUUUGGAGAGGAAGCUAUGGUGGUUGAUGAAGAAUUGGAAUGGGAGAAUUCGCAUAACGCGAUUAACUGGGUUCCAGAACCUGUCCAAGUUAGUCUGGAGGAAGAAGAAGUAAUGGAAUUUCCUUUAGCAUCCAGUAUUAAUGAUGCGUUUCAUGUCUUGUGGGAUACCAUGGCAGAAUCUGCUCCUAUGGAUUUGGAUAUUGAGUAUUGGCUAGAUAGUAUAAGUGCACAUCAUGUAGAUUACAAUGCUAUUAUAGGACAAAUGUUUGAUAACGAAGCUGGAACCAUGGGAAGUCCUCCUGCAUCCAAAAGUGUAGUAAAUGAUCUUCCUGAUGUGGACUUUACCAUUGAAGAAUUGAGCAAUCGGAACAUCGUUUGCGCGAUCUGCAAAGAUGAGGUUGUGGUUAAGGAGAAAGUUAAGAGGCUUCCUUGUAAGCAUUACUAUCAUGGAGAAUGUAUAAUACCUUGGUUGGGGAUAAGGAAUACAUGCCCGGUUUGUCGGUAUGAGCUACCUACUGAUGAUCUGGAAUAUGAAAGGCAUAGGAGAGCAUGAAGUCGCGGUAGCAGCGGUUUGGCAAGGGAGUCGAUGUUCCGGGUUGAAGAAGUAAUUUUGCUUUAUGUCUUCGGUAAUGUCUCAUCGGUAACGAUCUGUUACUGGUUGAUAUGAUGUGUAUAUUGGUUCUAGAUAAUAGGAAGAAUACAUUUGGAGCCAUAUCUUUUUGCAAGUUAUUUAGGUUCAUUAUUCUUAUUAGACUGCGCUGAUAAUUGCAGUCACAGUUUUUUUAUGGAGGAAUUGUCGAACCGAUUUUGAUUAGUUCUAAAUAUGAUUUUUUCGAUGUGAUUUUGUUGCUU